GUUGACGUUUCCGUCUCCGGCAGACAUAUUGCUUACAGGAGCAAAUUCUGGAAAGCUAGAAGAGAGAACGGAUUUAAAAUUGAUUUAUAUCUUCACGACUUGAUCACUCAAACCACAUAGGACACGAUGGAGCCGUCAGCCAGUCCGGCCAAAGAUAACUACAGGAUGAACCGCUACAAGAACAAAGCACUGAACCCAGAGGAGAUGAGGCGCAGGAGAGAGGAAGAGGGUAUCCAACUCAGGAAACAGAAACGAGAGCAACAGCUUUUCAAGAGGAGGAACGUGGACAUUCUCAAUGAAGAGGAAACCAUGUUCGAGAGCCCUUUGGUGGACUCCUACCUCAGCUCUCCAGUAACAGAAGGAGUCAUUACCAGGGACAUGGUUGAGAUGCUUUUCUCAGAGGACCCAGAGCUUCAGCUCGCCACAACACAAAAGUUCAGAAAACUACUUUCCAAAGAGCCCAACCCACCAAUUGAUGAAGUUAUAAACACACCCGGAGUAGUGGAGAGGUUUGUGGAGUUCUUGAAGAAAAGCGUCAACUGCACACUACAGUUUGAAGCAGCUUGGGCACUGACCAACAUAGCAUCAGGUACAUCAAUGCAGACAAAGACGGUGAUUGAGGCUGGAGCAGUACCGAUCUUCAUAGAACUACUUAACUCAGAAUUUGAGGAUGUGCAAGAACAGGCUGUGUGGGCCUUGGGGAAUAUUGCAGGGGAUAGUGCAGUCUGCAGGGAUUAUGUGCUGAACUGCAACAUCCUUCCACCACUAUUAAUGCUUCUGACCAAAUCCACUAGAUUGACCAUGACUAGGAAUGCAGUGUGGGCUCUGUCUAAUCUCUGUAGAGGAAAAAACCCUCCACCUGCUUUUGAAAAGGUGUCACCCUGUCUGCCAGUACUCUCCAGGCUUUUAUUUAGCAGUGACCCAGACUUGCUGGCAGACGCCUGCUGGGCCCUGUCCUACCUCUCGGACGGCCCCAAUGACAAGAUUCAGGCUGUCAUCGACUCAGGCGUCUGCAGGCGCCUUGUAGAGUUACUCAUGCACACUGACUAUAAGGUGGCCUCCCCUGCCUUGAGAGCUGUAGGAAACAUUGUAACUGGAGAUGACAUCCAGACACAGGUGGUGUUGAACUGCUCAGCCCUGCCCUGUCUGCUGCACCUUCUCAGCAGUGCUAAAGAGUCCAUUCGUAAAGAGGCAUGCUGGACCAUCUCAAACAUCACAGCAGGAAACCGAGCACAAAUACAGACGGUGAUUGAUGCAAACAUCUUCCCAGUGCUGAUCGACAUCUUACAGAAAGCGGAGUUUAGGACCAGGAAAGAGGCGGCCUGGGCCAUCACCAACGCCACCUCUGGAGGAACACCUGAACAGAUCAGAUAUCUGGUGAACCUGGGCUGCAUUAAGCCCCUAUGUGAUCUGCUGACCGUCAUGGACUCUAAGAUCGUUCAAGUAGCGCUCAAUGGGCUGGAGAACAUCCUGAGGCUGGGCGAGCAGGAGGCCAAGCAGGAGAACAACGGCACUGGAGUGAAUCCUUACUGCAGCCUCAUUGAAGAAGCCUAUGGUCUUGACAAGAUAGAGUUCCUCCAGAGCCACGACAACCAGGAGAUCUACCAGAAGGCCUUUGACCUGAUUGAGCACUACUUCGGGGUGGAGGACGAGGACAACAGUCUAGCCCCUCAGGUGGACCAGGCCAACCAGCAGUUCCUUUUCCCCCAGCAGGAGGCCCCCAUGGAGGGCUUCCAGUUAUAAGUCAGCACCUUCCUCCUCUAAAAUACCCCAAUUAACCCACUCCAUACCUCCCCACCUCAUGGAGGGUCCCUAGUUACCUGAGUCAUACCUUUGUAUGAUUCCCCCCCCCCCAAAUCCUCCCCAAGCAGACUGAUGUGUUACAUGGCCAAGGGGAGAGCUCCACACAAACUCCAUUACAUUUAGAAGAGGACGUGAUCACGUCAUAGCCCAAAGUGUGAGUCUGCCCUGGCUUAAAACGCACACACAGACAUCUUCCAUCUGCCAUUUGAUAGCUCUUAGCCUCAUUGGCAGUAACAACGGUUGGUCAAUAUCUUUAUAUAUACUUUAAUUGCUUUUCUAAUGGGACAUUCCUAUAUUCAGGAUUACUCAUGCAUCCCCAUGCAAAGUCCACCAACAGGGGUGCAUGAGGUGAAAUAUGCCCAGAUCUUGAUGUCAUAUGUUUGACUUAAUGCAAAUCAAAGAAAAAAACACGUAACAAGGUUCCUUUUAGUUAUUUUCCCCCCAACCCUUAUUUAUCUUCUCUUUUUUUUUUGUGUUUGUGAUUUUUGUCUUUUUUCUUUAUUGGCUUAGGGCUGGUCUCUGCAUAUCUGCUGAUUGGGUGGGUGUGGGGGGGGAUCUUAUCUGUAUGUGUGUUCAGAGGCACACAUUUCCACCCAAAGUCCAGGGCUUCUACUGUCCUGAUGCCCAAGCUAAGAAUAAGAAGUGUUUUUUCAUCUAUUAACAUUUUUCUAAGUGGGACAAAUUUCGGUGGGGGUGUUGAGGUGGGAAGAAGUAUAAACAUUUAGAUAACUGUCUGAACUAAGGAAGGGCUUUGGGAUGGAAUAUUGGAAAAGGGAUUGGGUUUUGAGAUAUCUUGAAGAGAUCUAGAAGGAAAAAGAGGGUGGUAUAGCUAGAGAUCCGAUGUUUGUCGUGUGCUGUGUUAUUAAUAACAAUACAUUUGAAUAAUGAAGUGAUCUAACCAUUAAACAAGGCAUAGCUGGGGAUUUAGGGGGGAAACGUCGGCAGCAGCAGCAAACCAAACUUAUUUUUAUAUUUAUGAAUGAAUUCAAGGGAUUGCAGAUGUCUAAAGUAGGGUGAAAUACCACGUGAGGUACAGAGAUAUCAUGGGAAUUUCAUCAGACAAAACAAUUAUAGUUUUGAUUUUCUGAGCUCAGUGUAAACAGGUUGCUGCUGGUUAGCUAGGCCCUGUGCCUCCCCUCCCCACCCCCCAGAUUUAUGUGGUAGGGUUUUUGCAUGGUGUUCUUACCCUGCCUGCAGUCACUGAGUAUCCCUGGCCAAACGUAGACAGUUGGCACAGAGAGACGGAGAAUAGUGUGAAGAAAUACUGUGAGACGUUGCAGUACACUGCUCAGCGUUCCUUGUUGUCCUGGAGUUAAAAAGCAGGAAGUGGGUUUGGUGACGUUAACGGUGAUAGUGUUUUGUAUAGUGGUAGAAUUAAUAUAUAACCUAUGCCAUUCUAUUUCACUAUAUUUUUGAGGAAUUGGAAUGACAACUGUUAAUGAUUUUGCAUGGGUCCGUUGUCAUAAGUAGGUAUUGGUGUAAAUAGCCUAUCCUCUGCCUGGCUAGGAGAGUCUACGCCGCUUCUUUGUCCCCAUGUGGGUCUAAAAAAAACAACCAGAGUUUGGCUAGGGAUAUAUCUCUGACAAGUGACGAGCCUAACUGCAACAAAAAAUUCAAGUAUAAAUAUAUAUUUGAAUUUUGAUGUAUUUGCAUUAUAUAUAUAUAUAUAUAUAUAUCUACAUAUAUAUUUGCGCACACUUCAUGCACACUUGCAUACAACACCAGCAGACACUGUACACACACCUCACAUAGAUGAGUGGCUAGUAGCAAGUAAAAUAGUUUCCAUAGUCUUUGGAUUAAAAGAAAGUAGUUCUUUCUGUUUUUCAGUUUAAAGUUUUGCUUUUCUCCAAGUGUGAAAAUGAACAUUUUGGCUGGGGUUUUUUUUUGUUUUUUUUUUUUUGUUUCAGAGCACUUAGUAUUUUUCUUUAUUUAUAAAAAUGUUGCCCUUGGUUCAGUUUUAUUUAAGAUGAUUUUCUGGCUUAAUUGAGACAAUGAAAAGUGAUGUUUCUUGAAUUCAGAAGUUAUUCGGAACACACGUGGGUCUUAUGGAAACUUUUUGUUUGUUUCUAGCCACAUGACUUAUGUUGGUUUUAAAUUAGCCCUGUAAACCCUGAUCUCAGAUCAGCUAUGUGUGUGACAGAAGCUGAUCUUGGAUCAGGGUUUAGGCUUUGUGGAUGAAGCAGAACUGUGGUCGUGUGAUGUUUGACUGACGGGCACUGUGUGAGGAAAAGGUUCAUUGACUCUGUGACUAUGUCCCCAUCAGAAUCUGGGAGCCCCUGUUCUGUGGAUUACUGAGCCAGCCCUAUUUUUCCAAUUGGUUAGUUUCGGUUUUAAGUUGUUGUUUUUUUUCACAGGACUUUAGUCUGUGCAGUAUAGUCAUAGUAUAAGCGGCUGUUACUACAUGCAACACAAAUAUUUUGAGCAUUAAUUGACUGAAUGAGUAACGGGUGUUGGUGAGGCUCUCUGUUGUUGCUUCAUGAGUUUUUGAGAUGUUAUCCACAGAACACGUGUGCUCCUAGAUGACACGAGAGUUUAAAUCAUGAAUAAUUGAGCAUCAAGAACUGACCUCUACAUGACCGAUGUGUAGAGCAGCAUUUAUAACGGAACGAUAUCAUGGCCAAUUCUGUGCUUGGCCUACAAAUAAUGCCAGAAUUGCAAUGUUUAAAAGGAAAGGAGAGGGGAAAAAAAUGAUCAGUACAUCAACCAGGAAAAAAAAUAUUUAUAUUUCUGAAAAUUGAAAAUGCACUCCUAUUCACAAAAGUGCCAAUCCGACCAACAAAGACUGGAGGUUCUUAUGUAUCUGUCUUUGACUUAUAGAUUAUUUUCUUUAUCUUUUAUUUACUUGAAUGUGCACACAUUUUGUGCAAAACAUUGCUGCUCUAUUUUCCUUAUCUUUAAAGUUACAUUAUUUGCCAUUGUUUCUUUGGAAAAGUGGCGUUCUUUACUGUGGGCAACUUAAAACAAAAAAAAAACGAAUUCAAUUAAGGUAGCGUAAUUGUCUGAGGGGGGGUUACUUGAUUUAUUGCAUAAAACUGGUCUUUCCAGCUACUUGCUGUGAUGGUCCCCGCUAUUACAGUCUUCAAAUGGUUUUCACUGUGCAGAGCUAAGCUGCAGAUAUUUUUGGAAUUAAAGAAUUGAUUUCAUGUUGCACAGUGGAGCAUAAUAUUGAGCAUUUUCUUGAUGUCAUGGCAUUAGCAAGUCCCUCAUUGUGCAAAAAGAGACUUUGCGCUAAUACAAAUAUUGUGGUACUUAAAUGUGGCACAUGAUGCAAAUUGAGGAAACUUAAGCGACUAUCAUAGCAGACAAUUGCAGGUACUAACCUUAUUGUCUUAGUUUACCAAAGUUUUAUCUAAAGGCUGGUUGAAAUUAUUUUCUCUUUUGUUUUCAAUAGUUCAUGUAAUUGGCUUGUGUUGACCCAGUCACUAUGACUACGAGAGUGUUUCAGGCCAUUUCAAAUGUGCUUCUUUUCAUUAGAGGCUGCAAUAGCCCAGUCCCUCUCUUCUCAGUUGUAUUUUUUCUGUUAGUACUGUUUAGAGAGUUAGAAAAUCUGCAAACUAAUCCAGAAGACUGCAAUAACUAUUGUCCAAAAUCAGGCACCCCAGAGGCAAAUAUCCACCUACACACUGCUCUCACAGGUGACACCCCUCCCACGAGGUGGAUCUAACGGCGGGCAACUACUUUACCUUUUUCUAAGAUAAAAUCUGGGAUUCAGAAAUUGUGCGGUGAUUUACAUUAAAAAGUAUUACAAGUUAAACUAUAUGUAUUUUCUGAUACAUUGACAGGGAUUCAGAUGCAAUUGUAAUCACUUCUGAGAAGUGGAGAAAAAAGCCUCAUUAGAACAUGUCACAGGAAAAAAAUAGACAAUAAAAUAGGAGGUGAGGAUACAAGCCUUUUCUGCUUUUCUUGAUCUUUUUCCUGAUCAGGAUAUUCUGGGCUAUAUUUUUGGAUAAUUGUGUUUAGAGUAAAAGUUUGUCCUAGUCUGGCUGCAUGAUCAGGAACCUUGUAAUCUAUGGGGGAAUGAACAGACAUCACUAAAUAUCUCAAAUCUGACUUGUCUUCCGUCCUAGAAGCCGUUCAUGUCUAUCAAAAUCUAAAGCCAUGCUUGGCUUGGUCAAGUAAUGUUGUCUACGCUACAAAUGUUUACAAUGCUACAUGUUUGUAAAAUACUUUUCAUAUGCCAUCACUGACCAGUCCUGAUGUAUUUUCUGCUCUGGUCCUCUCAUUUCUUUUACAUGUAUUUAUUUUCUCUAUUCUUGUUCAUGAUUUUUCAUUUGCUCAAAAUUACCCAUCUGAAACUGUGACUUGACUUGACUUUACCGACGGUAUGAAUGAGUGACGAGAAAUACACUUCAACUGAACAUGACACACAAACAUGAACAUGGGGAAAAAAUGCAUACAGGAAACAGCAACAAUAUUAAAAAUGUAAAGAAAAUGUAUUGAAUUUAAAAUUGUUCAGUGGAAAUACUGUAGAAAACAAAUAAAGUUAUGUUACAACCCUUUAA